CUAGCAACAGAAAGAGAAAGAAAAAUGGCGGACGCGAGUUCCCCAAAUCCGAGCAGUGAGCCCGAAAAACUUGCUCCUGAAUCCUCUGAUUCGUCCGCUGCAGAACUACAAAAGACGAUUUCAGAUGCUUUUGAUAUAUUUGAUCACGAAUCUAACAAGACUGUCGAUGUUAGGGAGGUUGGAACAAUUGUAAGAUCCCUGAAGUGUUGUCCUACUGAAGGAGAGCUUCACGAUAUUCUGGCUGAGGUAGAAGAGGAAGAACCAACAGGGUAUAUAAGAUUUGAAAAAUUUGAACCUAUCAUGUUGAAAACACUAUUGGAGAGAAGAUACAAACCAGCACCAGAAGACCAAAUAAUGAAAGCAUUUGAAGUUCUGGAUCAAGAAAAUAAAGGUUACCUCACAGCAGAAGAGCUUACAAAAUAUAUGAGUGAAGAAGGUGAACCCUUUACUCAAGAGGAGAUGGAAGAAAUGCUAUCCGCAGCUGUUGAUCCAGACAAAGGCAUCAUAUUCUAUAAAGACUUUGUUUCAAUGAUGGUAGUGGAAGAUCUGUAGCAGGAGAGAGUCAUGUCAGAAUUUGUACAAUGGCAUUUUUCCUUGUAAAUAUUGCUUUAUUGCUUGAUUCUAAAAUGUCACAUACAGGUUUCAAAAUGUUCCAGAACAACAAUUAUUAUUGUAGGCAUUAUAAAAAGUUACAAAUAAAUAAGUUUCAAGAUACAAAAUUUGAACUGUUUAGUUUUUUGAUACCAAGGAAGCAUUUGGUACAGUUUCUACAGAUGUGGUGAUCAUGUAAUGUAUAGUGUACAUAUAAGGUAUUAAACAUUCACUUUAUGUGCUA